AAUGGCCGCCUUCGUAGCAAUGGCUGGAACGGGGAACAACACAAGAGGCAUAACAGAGCGUUUUAGCUGACCGGGAAGAGCGCAGCUAACCGGGCACCCCCUCCUACCCGGUUUUCAGAACGGAUGGGUAGAGGGGGUUUUGCCAAAGGACACGAGAAACGAAAGAGACUCGGUGGGAAGAGAAGGAAAGCUAAGGCUACUGUGUUAGCUAGCGCUAGCUGGCUAUCAACACGGCUGUCACUGCCGGGGAGCAAACCCGAGGAGCCGUGACAACUGUGCGACGACAGGGUGGAAGGAAACGGCGACGAAACGCGGGAGCGUGUGAUCAAACAUCUGGGUUGUCGCUAAUAUGAGUGGACCGGGGCAGGACAGCGAGCCAGAGGCGAAAGUCCUUCUCAUCAAGCGGCUUUACAGGGCUGUGGUGGAGUCUGUGCACAAGCUGGAUGUCAUCAUCGGCAGCAAAUCGUCCUACAGAGAGGUCUUCAAGCCGGAGAACAUCAGCCUUCGCAACAAGCUAAGAGAGCUUUGUGUGAAACUGAUGUUCCUCCACCCUGUCGACUACGGCCGUAAGGCUGAGGAGCUGCUCUGGAGGAAGGUCUACUAUGAGGUCAUCCAGGUUAUCAAGACCAACAAGAAGCACAUCCACAGUCGCAGUGCUCUGGAGUGCGCCUACAGAACACACCUGAUCGCCGGCGUGGGUUUCUACCAACACCUUCUGCUCUACAUCCAGUCGCAUUAUCAGCUGGAGCUGCAGGACUGCAUCGACUGGACCCACGUCACAGAUCCACUCAUCGGCCGAAAGAAACCAGUGUCAGCCAGCCCCAAAGAGAUGGAGUGGGCCCAGAUGGCCUGUCAUCGCUGUCUGGUCUACCUUGGAGAUCUAGCGCGCUACCAGAACGAACUUGCAGGAGUGGAGGCUGAGCAGCUGGCAGAGAGGUUUUACCAUCAGGCCCUAUCGGUCAUGCCCCACGUAGGAAUGCCUUUUAACCAACUGGGCACACUGGCAGGCAGCAAGUUCUACAACGUUGAAGCAACCUACUACUACCUACGCUGCAUCCAAUCAGAUGCUCCUUUUGAGGGCGCCUAUGGCAACCUCAAGCGCCUGUUUGACAAAGCUGCCAAGAUGUACCACCAGGUGAAGAAGCAGGAAAUGAAGAAGCUGUCUCCAUCUCGGCAAAGAUCCAAAGACAUCAAGCGCCUCCUGGUGAGCUUCAUGUACCUCCAGAGCCUGCUGCAGCCCAAGAACAGUCUGAUGGAGACGGAGCUGACCUCCCUGUGUCAGUCGGUGCUGGAGGACUUCAACCUGGUCCUGUUCUACCUGCCGCCCCCAACACACGGCGGCGCCCACCACUCGCCCAGCGAGGAAGACGAGGAGCAGCAGCAGCAGCAGCAGCACGCUGACAGCUCCUGUCCUGUACUGCCUGACACCCUCAUCUUCAAGAUGGUGGUCACAUGUCUGAUGGUGGUGCACAGCCUGAAGAGAGGAGGAUCGAAGCAGUACAGCGCGUCCAUAGCUUUCACGCUGGCCCUCUUCUCCCACCUGGUAAACCACGUCAACAUCCGACUGCAGGCUGAACUGGAGGAAACGGAGAGCCAGGUGCCUCCACUUCACACUGAUGCUGCAGAUGACCUGGACAUGAGGGAUUCGUCAGUUCCACCGACGGAUCACUCGGAUGAAAGGCCUCUGCAGAACGGGUCCCUGGAGCAGGAGGACGAGGAGGACAAGGAUGAAGACGGCUGCGAGCGGGUCGGCGCCAAAAAGCACAGCAGUGUGGAAGAACAGCGCAAGAUGGAGGAGGAGAAACAGAGGCAGAAGAAGAAGUACACCCGCCUGUCUCGACUCCGCCGUCGCCGCUGUGCUCGCAAAGAUGGCCGAGGAGAGGACGAGAGCGACCUGAGCGAAGGCUUCGAGAGCGAAGAGGAUGAAGAGGAAGAUGAGGAGAGGAGGGGCCAUGCUGAUUUAACGGGUGGGACCACGACGGAAACCCCGCUGAAUCCUUCAUCUGUCAGGAAGGAGGCGAAGAAAGACCCGCUGGGUGAGGAGGGCAGCUGGGGCAGUGGCUCAGAGGAGGAGGAGGAGGAGGAGGAAGGUGGAACGGCAUUUGAUGUAGAGACCGAUUCAGACAUGAACAGCCAAGAGUCUCGCUCAGACCUGGAAGACAUGGAGGACACGGAAAACUCGGACAACCUGGAGGGUCAGGCUCGGGAGCACCAGGACGAAGAGGAAGAGGAAGACCAGCCAAAGGAAGAAGGAGGAGAGAGGGACGGGGAUACGCCUCCAGCCACCAACGGGCCGCUGGCGCCCAGCGACGCCAGCAUCAGCAGUAACCUCCAGGCCAUGUCUUCUCAGCUCUUCCAGGCAAAGCGCUGCUUCCGCCUGGCGCCGACCUUCAGCAACAUGCUGCUCAGGCCUCAAGCCUCAGCUUCCUCCAGCAUCCCCACACCCACCGACACCUCUGCUCCGCCCUCCCAGGAGACCCCUCCUCCUCCCGGGGAGUCGCCCUGUGACAUGAACCCUGGGACGGCCAACGGAACCAAUGAGAACGACUUGGACUCUGAUUCGGAGGGCAGUCAGCACAGCACUCAGUCAGCACACAGUGAGAAAACCCUCCUGGAGAAGCUGGAGAUCCUGACCAAUCAGGGCUUGAUCCAGGUGGUGAAGGUCUUCGUUGAUUGGCUGAGGACAAACACGGAUAUUAUCCUCAUGUGUGCACAGAGUUCUCAGAGCCUGUGGAACCGGCUGUCUGUGCUGCUCAACCUGCUCCCAGAUGGCAGCAAGAUGCUGGAGGCCGAACUGGGUCUGAACGCGGAGGUGACGGAGCUGCUGAAUGAGUGCGAGCAGCCCGGUCUGGUCCAGAGCCUGCUGCUGCCCGAGGAUCUGGCUCUGCGACACCUGCCCGCCCUCAGCGUCGCUCAUCGCCGCCUCGAUUUCACCCGCCGCAACCCGUCCCUCAGCCCCCUGCAGGAGUGCGUGGUGCGAGUGUGCUGUAUUCGCAGUUUUGGCCACUUCCUCACAAAUCUCCAAGGCAACGUGCUGCACUUCAACCCGGAGGCGGGCAUCUUCACCAGCAUCAGCCAGUCGGAGCAGGAGAAUCUGGUGCAGCAGGCCAAGGCCCAGUUCCGAAUGGCUGAAGAGGAGGCUCGUCGAAAUCGCUUAAUGAGGGACAUGGCCCAGCUCCGGCUGCAGUUGGAGGUGUCACAGCUAGAGGGCAGCCUUCAGCAGCCCAAAGCCCAGUCGUCCAUGUCUCCCUACCUGGUGCCCGACACAGCUGCUCUCUGCCAGCAUCUGAACCUCAUCCGGCAGCUGGCUGGAAGCGGCUGCUUCAUCAUCAUCAUCCCGCGGACAGUGAUCGAUGGACUCGACCGGCUGAAGAAGGAAAACGCUGGUGCGAGGGACGGCAUCCGCUUCCUGGAGUCAGAGUUUCGCAAAGGCAACAGGUACAUACGCUGCCAGAAAGAGUCGGGCCGAAGCUUUGACAGAGAUAAAGUGAAGCGGCAGGACAUCGAAGCCUGGCAUCUCUACAAAAUGGUGGACAGCUGCCGUCAGCUGACGGUCUCCCAGAGCAACGGCGAUGAAGACACAGCCGGCAUGGUGACCAUCCUCACAGGCCAUCAGGUGGAGGAGCUUUGCUCUCAGUCAGCAGCCAUGAAGGCGGCGAUCCAGGCGGCCGGCUCGGCGGGCAUGGAGCUGAAGAACAUCGUGGAGUUCUACCGUCAGUGGAAGGAGAUCGGCUGAGAGGCGGAAACGGGGGCAGCUGUCGGCGCUGCGACCAGCUGAUCGAUCACAACACUCGCUCCCUCUCUCUCUCUCCCACUCUUUUUGCUCUGUGUGUAUCUGCGUCUCCAACGGCAACAAAACAAGUCAGAAGGAAGCUGGACGGAAGAGUUAAAGCUUAGAGAGCUGGAAAAGUAAAUACAGUGGAGUAAAAAAUCAAUACGAAGAAGAGAAAAGCGAGCGAGACGGCGUCAUCAGAAACAGCAGAUCUCCCACUCCUCACCCUACACAUAAAGAGCGACCCCUAGUGGUCGGGGGUGAGGACGCAGUGGGGUGAUGCUACACAAUUUGAAGUGCCCCUGGUUCACACCCUAACCAGGAAUACACUGUAUAUGUUAGCAAACGAGUACAUACGUGUUGAGAGAAGCCGCGCACACACAAACACAUUCACGCUCAGACAACGAAUCCAUAUAGAUAUUUAGAGCAGUGGUUUGGACUUCCGUUCCCGCCUCCCCUUUCCCCAUCAGGCUGUGUUUGAGAAACAGGGACGAGAAUGUGAGUGUGGUGGGCUGUGUUUAGUGAAGUCAAGAGUGUAUGACGACAACUUGGAGGCAGAGGAAACUCUGUCCAGCUGACACUUGCGGCUUCCAGCCUUCAACAACAAAGCGGGCGUCUCGUGGCUCACAGGCCUCUAGGAGGGUUGAGGGAAGGCACAUGUACACUUCUCCGGGAUCGGUUUCUUUCCUAUGUGGCUUUUUAAAAUUUUAUUUGGUUUUGUUUUUCUUUAUUUGCGGUGUACUUUGUGACCAGUGACUUAUGUAUUGUGCUGUCUCCGUACGAGAGCAGGAAAAAAAGACGACAUUACAGGUGUUGCCCUGUUUAAAGUUUAAUUUGGAUUUUAUUUUUGUACCCAAAUGAUGUUGUUUAUUUUGAUUUUUUUUUUUUUUUGUAAGCUAAAUCUGAAUGAUAUAUGCAAGAAUGUUUAAGGGACGGGGUUGUUGUCAUGCGUUGAUCCACUGAACAAGACCUUCAGUUCUGAAACGUCAGAGAAGCCUAGAAUCUCUUUAUCCAGGGGUCCAGGCAGGUAGGAGCCGGCUGGUUCAUGUGGUCGCUGGUCAGGACGGAGAGGGGCCGGAUGAGGAAUGUGGGUUGUGUUUGGACCCCCUGUAAACUCCUAACAUGUAUCCCAUCGACAUCACCAUUUCCAUAGUGACUGUCCAAUCAUGCACAGUGCAAAAGAAAACCAGUAUAUGUGUGUGGUCAUACAUUGAACAAUAAAAAGAAACUCGUAUACGACGUCCA